CACAGCCCAACAAACUCCUGCGAGACAGCAUCGGGUUCAAGGAAUACAACGUCGAUGCGGUUCUGCGCGCACUCAGCGAUGGCGCGGAUUGCAAUAAGACGUUGGCGUUGAUUGGCGAUGCAGCGCACAUACUCGCAGCCGCCCCCAAAGCCAGUGUUAACGAUGCGUGUGCUAUUUUGGAUGUCUUGUGUACUAACGGUCUCGCGGUUGAUACGAGGAACAAG